UUCUCUCUCACACACACUCACACAUACACAGAACACACACACAGAGAGCUAGAGAGAGAGAAGCAACAGCAUUUCUCUCACACACACUCACACAUAUACAGCACACAUGCGCAGACACACAGAGGCAACAGCAUUUCUCUCUCUCUCUCUCACACACACACACAUACACAGCACACACACACCCAACAGCAACAGCAUUCUCUCUAUCUCGUGUGGUGUGUAUUUCUCUAUGUGUCUCUCUCUCCCUCUCACAACACACACACACACACACACACACACACAGGCACUACCUAAUGUCACCGCCACCCCUGACACCCAGGAAAGCGUGAAUCUUCCCAGCUCCCCACGCAGCCUGCUGAGCCAUUUUCUGCUCCCCCUUCCCACCCCCCACCCCCACUCUGCAACAUUUCCAAAAGAGAGAAUAAAGAAUGUGUGCUCAUUCAUAACGCCCUGCCACAAAUACUCUACAUGGAGCCUGUGCCAGUCCCUGGGGAUGCAGAGGUCUGGAAGACAGAGGAAUAGGCGCUGCCUUCGAGCUUCUCCUGGGGAGCACAGAACCUGGACUGGAAAUUGCUCCCCACUCCACCCUCAGCCUCUCCAUGUCUCUGCCCCAGCCCCUGGACUACUGUGGACCUGGGGUUCUGCAGAGCCUCAGCUCCUCCUGCCAUGUGGGGAGUGAAAAUCAAGACUACCUAGUCUCUAGGGCAGCCCUCAAUGAAUCUUCCUGGGACACAUCUGGACACACUUCACAAAAGGUGGGAUGGUACUCAACCCUGCAUUCCAGUUCUCUGAACACCCGCAAGCAUCACAACCAGCUGCAAUUCUUUGUGUCAAGGAUGGAUAGAAGCAUUUCCAGCUUCCAGGGAGACAGCAGAUGUGGUGGCUUGGGUACUCCUGGACCACGUCAUUCCUUGGUUUGGCAUCCCACGGACCAUCCAAAUGGACAAUGUGCCAGCCUUCAGUUCCAGGGUCGUGGAGCUCGUGUCAGAGGCUCUCAACAUCUCCUGGAAAUUCCACACCCCCUACCAUCCACAGUCCUCAGGAAAGAUGGAGAAGGCCAAUGGACUCAUCAAACAACAGCUAACCAAGCUCUCCAUUGAACUCAGCUGCCAAGCUCCUGGGACAUCCAUGGUGGUACCAUCUCUCCAGGCUCAAGCUGGACACUUUGUCUGUCCAGCAGUUAGGACCUUCCACCCUCUGGUUUUCCAAGAUGCCACAAUGAAGGGCCUAUCUGUCCUUAUGCUGACACAUUCAUCUUUGGUGAUACAAACAAGACAGGUGAUUUUAAGGAGUUGGAACCCACUCCCACCCCUCAGAGUUAGUACAGGACACACACAGAUACCAAGUUCUCAGCACAAAGGACAUUUAUUACCUGGAGUGACAAGCUGGGCAUGGACACUGCCUCUGGAUUGACCAGACAGCAUGAAGCAGUAGCAACAGGGAACUAAGCAAGGCCUUGUCUGUUGUGAGUGCCUUCAAGAAGAAACAGAUAAAGAGACGCCUAGUUCGGAGACAGAGAAGGAUGAUGAUGGCGGCUGCCUCUAACGCACACGUGCAUGUCAAGAAAUUGACUAUGGAAGAAGGAGUUUGCACUGGAAAGAACACUAUGCAUCAGCUCCAGGUCAAGGUUGACGCAGCAACCCAGGAGGAGGGCUCUAAGGGGCCUGUGCUGCUGAGUCAGCCCCCAGAACUAACAUCUAUGCCAUAUACUCCAGAGACCACGGGGCAACAACUGGCGGUUUCCCUUUCAGGGGAGCUGCACGGACUCUCUACCAUGCCGAGCAUGUGCCCAAGCCUGAUGCUUCAGCCCUGUGCCACUACUGACCCUAUGCUACUGCAGUCACAGGUCCUGGGCCCCAGUGCCUCCAACCAGGCUUCAGUUUCUGCUACCUUGGAGUGGCAGGAGAUGCUGGAGGCUGCUGAAGCUCUGCUGACUCUGAAAAAUUCUUCGCAGACACGUCACCAGCCCUGUGGUGUACCAGGUCCUGCUGGAGAGAGGGGACUGCAGCUGGCCAGCCCCACAAUGCCACCUCGGCCUGCUAGCUCUGGUUCACUGCCUUCUGGACAUCUGGAUUGCAUGUCCCUCUUGACCUAAGAACCCAGACUGUGAGGCCUUGCUAGAGCACUGCCUGUUUGAUUCCUGUUUCUGAACUUGCAAAAUGGCUCCUGCCCAAAGUGCUUAAUGUGUUUUUUAAGCAUUCAGGUAUUUUAUAAGCUUUCAGAUUCUUUUUAUGAUGUAGGGCAAUUACUUGGCUUUCCUAUAUUCUUUAUCCCCAUCCUUUAUUUCUUUGGAAGCUGGGGGCUUUUUAUGUGUCUUAUAAAAUGCUUUGUGCAAUCUAAUAUGAUCAAUCAAUCUAUCAGUGGGGUUCUGAGUGGUAUCAAAUGCCAGUGUUUUCCUUUGUGUGCACUUACACACUUAUCUGUGCACUACUGUACUUACAUAUGUAUGUGGAAACAUGAGGAUUUUUCACAUUGCAUCUAGAUUUGUGUGUUACCAAAAAUAAAUAAUUUUA